UGAAGUCCUUAUCUCUCUUCCUCAACAAGUCACAAGUGAGUACCUACUCCUUAUACUUUCUAGAUCUCAUGGAGUGCUUUCUUAAUGGUAUUAUUGCUGGUUAAUUCAUUUAAACUGCAUGGCGAAAUAUAUUAUGUCAAAUUAUUAACUUUCCAAAUAGUUAAGGUGUAUUGUUAUAACAGAUGCGGCGAACGUUGUUGUUCCAAAGGCAUAGUCCACUAACGCCCAAUGUGCUAGUAAAGGGAUGUGUGCCAAUCAAUUUUUGACCCGUGAUUCUGAUUUAUUGAUUACUUGCGUUCAUGGAAUCCUUCGAGACGUGUUUGGACUUUGGAGUACUCUUAAUGGGAAGAAUUUAAUGCUUGUUUGCUUAGUUUGUUGUAUGUACCAUGGGAAAAUACUCUGAUGAAAAAAAUAUUUAAUUUGCAGGUCUACUCUACAAAUCUAGUUGAUGACCGAUAUCUGAACUAUUAUGUGCUGACCCAAUUACAAAAAGGAGUUACUAUAAUAACGUUAGGUUAUGAGCUAAAUGAUCACUUGCCGAUCUUUUUAGUAUAAUUAUGGAAAACAGCUAUCCAUCUUUUUUUUACGGUCUUGCCUAUCUUAAG